GUCUCGGUUUGUGUGGUGGCUCUACCUCGCGCGCUGGCGAGGCCCGUCGUCUCAGCCACCGCCACCGCCGCCGCGUAGUGUGUAAACGGGCGCGCGCGACCGCGUCUACUGUUUGUGCCGUCCGUAACGGCGUGCGGUCCGAAACAAACCCGUAAUAAUUGCGAUAAUUACAGUUACACGGAAUUGUGUUGUAAAUAUUUUAAUAUAAUAAAUAUUAUUGUAUAGUAAUUUAUUAUUGUUACGAUGAUGGAUUAUAAUAAUAUGUGCCGUGCCGAUAUUUUUAACGAUACAUAAUACCAUAACACAUAAUAUAUUUUAGUGUCGUGUUUUCGGGUUUAAAUGAUGUAUACUUUCCUUUACUGUUAUUAUUAUUAUUAUUAUUAUUAUGCGGUUGGCAGGUGAUUUGUACGGUCGACCGUCGUUGUCACAGUAGGGGGCGCGGUGCGCGGAUAGGUUGGAUACGACGCGACCACCGAACGAAGAGAACUACGGAAAAACCCCGGACGAGAGAACAUCGUGGCACAGAGGUUUGUCCGGGCGUGUGCCCGUGCAGCCGGCCGUCGACGAUGCCAUUCGGCUGGUCGCCGGACAGCACCAGCAUCGUCGCCAGCACGUCGUCUAGCGAUCGUACCUGCGGCAGUAGCACCGGCGGUACCGCCGCCGGCGUGUGCGGCAAAUGGACAAGUGUGGCCGGACAGCGCGACCGCGGUAUCGCGUACAGUCCGUGUGUAGUAACACGUACGCGGCAUUACGUUAUGUACCUGAAAUCAGUUGACAAUCCUAUCUGAAUGAUCCAGUGCAGCGGUGUCUCAAAAGGUACCUUACCCCGUGUAUAUAAACGACCUCUACCCCGUCCCAACACCUCCCCCAACCACGCACACACACCCGCCCGUCCGUCCGCCCACCACUCGGUUUACCACGACGCGGCAUUUACCGUGGGCCCUUCUCACACCCGUCAGCCGCCCCCAACGUCCCCUCCCUUCCCUCGCAGUCCCUUGCAAUCCGUUCGCUCCUUACUUGCGCCCACCGCCCUUCACCCUUGGCCCAUACCGGUCCGUUAUACCGCCCCGUUUAACUUCCUCACCGCCUUCUUCAUAAACGUUUCCCCUGUAACGGUAUAGCACCUUGAAGUGUAAACGUUAUGCCAAAACGCCAUACUCCAUUUCCAAUAAACCGAAUAAUAAAUAAUAAUAAUUAUUGUUUAGCAACCCGUUUUCCAAUACUUAAAGUAUAAAUUUCGUAUUUAUUUCCGGGCAGCUUUACAAUAAUAUUUUUUCGUUCCCGAAAUUGACCGUAAAUUAUUAUUUGUUAGUUUUUUUUUUUUUUUUGUUAAAUUCGCGUGUAAAACGUGUACAGCGUUACACUCAAUUUUCAAAAUGACAAAAAUAAACCGAUCAAAUAAUGCAUGUACGAAAGCAAUACACGUUCAACGUGAUUUCUGUUGUUUUUUUCGAAAUAUGUACCGCCCCCGUUGGUUUUGUCCGGUGUAAUCCGUUAAGUUUUUAUUAAAAAAAAAAUAAAACGAUCGUCUGUGGGUUUACAGAAUUAUACGCUUACCAUUUUUGAUAAACCAUAUUACGUAUAUUAUAAAUUUAUAAACAUACACUCACGCACGUUCACAUUCGUAUUUACCUAUAUUAUGCAGUACUUAGUGCCGUGUUAACGAAUUUGUCGCCCCGGGCAGAUAUUAUUGGCACUAGUCAGCCCACAUAUUUCUAAAAAAAAUUAUCAAUAAUAAUCACGAUAAUUCACAUUGUUUUAAUCUUUUUGACGUUUGCGUCGCAAAACUUAAUUUUUAGCUAUUUGCCCGAAAUUAACGAACACCUAUGAGUAUUAUAAAAUUAAUAGAACACAAUAUUAAGUAUUAUUUUUUAGUAUCUGUAACCAAUUUUGUCUUCAUGUAAUUUCGUUAAACGUAGAAAAGUACAAAAAAUUAAAAUUAACUUUAAAAUUGUACCACCUCUAAAUAUUUCCUGUCUUUAAUCCUGUCUUUUUAACACGGUACUGGCAAUAUUGGGUAAAAGUGAGGGUCAUCCGUAGUACUCGCCCCGAACGUUAAUCGUGGGAGGCAAAAAUUAUACUUCCGAGGUGUCUAUAAAAAAAAAAAAAAAGAAAAAAAAGAGGCCUUAAAGUUCUAAUAUUGUGUUUUAGCCCGUCAUUAUAGCUCGAAUAUUUUACCCCCCUCCUCUCGGCCAAAUAUGACACUGCUUAUGUGAUGAAUAUUUUAUAUAUGUGCACAUUUUACAUUAACGACAAAACAUAUUUUCAAAGAAUCGCGUUGAAAUCUCUAUAUUAUACUUAUAGCGGAUCUAAAAAUCCCUUGGGAACAGCAGGAUGAGAUUUAGUACGUACUUGUUACCUAAUUAUUUUGAAACGAUCGAAAAUGAUUAUGAAGUUGCUUUUGACGAUUGAAGAAAAAACUGCUGAAAAUUUUUUCUUUAUUAAUACAUUUUUUUUUUUUUUUUGGAAUUUGAGGGUAGUGAUUCCUCCUCUGGAUCUGCACUUGUUAUGGAUAUCCACAUCAGUAUAAUAUAUCGAAUGGUUAGCAAUAAUUGUCUAUUAGAAUGCUGUAGAUCAGUUAGUUGUAAGAUAUCCGGGUAGAAUGGCUAGGUCUUAUAGAUAUAUUUACCGUAGCCAGGAUCCAACUGGAUCUUAAAUGAGUAGCUCUUGACAUUGUUCGUUACAUAAUCUAAUAUAUAUUUUCAAUAAAGCGACACUUAUACAAACAGCCGUACUUCGUAGGCUACCUGGAGUCUUUUUGGUAAGUCUCCACAUAUGUACUCCCUUGAAUUAAAAUUCACUGUACGAGACGACCCCCCCUUCCCCUCAAUAUUAUAGUCGGCUGCUGUCGCCAGUAUUAUUGCCCACCAAUAUUUAAUAUAUCGUGUUAUAACACCGAAACACGUGAAAUUUUCUGCUGCUAAAGUCGAAUAAGCAUUUAGGCAUCCGUAAUAAUGUUGUUUAUGAUGCAGUAUAAACUUUUGAUUUUUAACUAUAUACUCGAGUCGUAAAACAUUUUUUGAUAUUUAUUUUAAGGUAACACACGCAGUAUUGAAAUAAGUAGGUAAACAAUUUUACGCAACAAGAUAGGUGUAUCGGCGGUACACCUAUAUAUAGUUUAUAUAAGUUUUAAACUAUAUAAAGGUUGUUGCGGUCAUAAAUCCAAAUAAAAACGACGUGUUAACUUUAUCGGUACAGGAUUUUAUAUGUAUAUAUAUAUAUAAAAAAAAGAAAAAAAAAAACAUUUUAGAUAUAUUAAAAAAAUAAAAUCAUACAAACAUAAACAUUUAACGGUCACGAAAAAAAACAAAAAUACAUAAUACCAAUAUCAAUACGUUCGUGUUAAAAACGAUGACCAUAAAUAUUCCUUACCGUAUCUAAUACUCAGUCGGAUAUUAAUCGAUUUAAUUUGGACGAGUAUCCGUGACGUUUUCAUUUUUUAACCGGGAAAUAUUAAUAUAAUAAUAAUAGCGUUUAACGACGAAUCGUUAAACGUUUUUUACUGUACACUAUACAUGUAUACGAGUACAUCCGAUAUUCGAUAGCAGCAAUAUUCGUAUAUAUUUAAAUACGUUCUAAGUGCUAUAUAUAUAGCAUAUGCCCACUAUAACCAGAAUUUUCACUCCGCUUCCGGAUUCGUAAUGGUUUAAAAUCCGACCGAUGUUAUAAUAUGCAUUUGUUUCACGAUCGUUUUUUACGAGUAUUUUACGUUGCGAGUCCAUUUCCAACCGUCCCUUUUGCCUGUAUAGACACUUGACACACUAGUUUUAUAAUAUAAUGUAUGAUUUAUGUUUAAUAGGAAAUUCGUCGAUGUAAUAAUACAACAAGUUCAGCGGUAUUUCGCAUAACCCACAUUACCCGUAAAUCUUUAAUACGACCUAACUAAAAAUAAAAAAAUAAAGGAAAUUAACUUUUAACCCUUAACAUGACUAAUAUUUUACUCCGUUCAGAAUCGUUUUUCGUUUGCAAUGAUUUAUCGUUACGUACUAAAUUACACUUUAUAUCCUACCUUCUCGAUUGUAUCCAUCUAUAACAGUAGUCUACCCAUGGGCAGUAUCAAUUUUUCUUUAUUAUUUCUUUUACGUUUAUAAAAAUCAGUUGCUUUAUAAUUCCGUUUACUAUUUAUUUCCAUCACCGGUAAAUAAAUUACUUAAACAAUACAAUAAUAAAAGUAUAUUAAAGUAAGUAGUCGCAAUAUGCAUCACUUUUACACAUCGCACGUAUUACAAUAUAGUGAUUGUGAUUGACGGUCGUGAUUUUUUAAUUAUUAUUCGUAUAUGAGCACGAUUAUUAUCGUUUUCGAAUACACUAUAAAUAACGUGAGUGUAGUACAUAAUAAGCCGAACGGUAAAAGACCAUAAGCGGGACCUCGCUGGCGGUGGAUAUAUCGAGGGCAAACAAGAAUCUGGAAAGUUUGGGUAUGGAACCACUGGAAUCAAUAAGACGCGGAUGACCAUGACCGUUGGAAGGAAUAUCGGUAUAGAAAACGGCCUCCGUGGCCUGUAUAGUUGUCCCCUCCCAUUAAAAAAAAAAAAAGUAAUUUUCACAUAUAUUUAUUUUUCUGUAGGUUAUGCUUCCAUUUUCCGUAAUAUAUGCAAACAUAUUUUGAUAGGGUCGAAAUGGUUACGGAAAACUAGGACAGAAUAGGUAACCUACAAAAUAUUAUAAACUAGGUAUGUAAUACGGUCGUUUAUAAUAGUAAAUAUCAAUUGAAAAAGUAAUAUUUAUUCGUCGAAAAGUUAUUGUUAAUCAACGAUUUGUUAGAAACGAUUUUACAAAUAAAUUGUGCAAGCUGUGUUAAGGUUAAUAUUUCCAGUUUUUCGGUGAACGCGAUAGAAAUGUUUUUGGGCAAACAUAAUAAUAUAUGAUGGAUUGAAUAAACGUAUACACUUCGAAAGCAAAACUCCGUUUUUGUUUUGUUUGGUUUGUUUUAUUUUUUUAUAUUAAAAGCAUACAAACGUGUGAAUGAAGAGAUAAUUAAAAACAAAAAAACCAUAAUAAUAAUAACAACUUUUAACGUGAUCCUUGAACAUUUUCCACCUCUUAGUUAUUACUUUCACUCUUGCGAAAAAUUAAAGUGAAUACCUACCUAUUAUUAUUAUUUUUCGUUAAAAAUAAAAUAUAAUCGUAAUAAAAUGCGUUUAUUUGUAAUGUAUCAAGUAGAUUUAUCUAAUAUUGUUUUGAUUUUCAUACAAUUUCGAUCGGCUUUCAAUUAAAUAAUUCAGCAUAAAAAUAGAUACUGUUCACAUCAUCCAUAUUAAUUAAUAGCGUAUGAUUUUAACUUUGAGCGCCUCAAAUUUUAGACUUAUACUUAGAAAAUCGAUUUGAAAAUGUUAGAAAAAAUAUAAUUUUUUGGCAUUGCUUUUAACGGUUAUUCGAAUUCACCGAGACACAUAAAAUAAAAAUUGGCGAACAAGUUUCAGUUCGUAUAAUUUAUAAAAUGGAAGUAAUCGAAUAUUAACACUCGUAUAUUUUAAAUUCAAAUGACCGCCCACAACGCAUGUAAAUUGUUGUAAAAAUAGAAAAUGUCAUAAAAUAUAUAAUAACAAAAUCAUUUAUAAUGUUAUUUAAUUUUUAAGAACAACCUUGUGAAAUAUAUAAACAUAUCAUUUUCUCUCACUUCUAAAUAUUAUUUACUAUUAAUAUUAUAAUUUAUUAUUAUUAUUAUGUAGGUUUAUUGAACUAUAUAUAAUAUGCAUUCGUAUUUAUGAAUUUAUCUAUUUAUUGAACAAUAAAUUAAAGAAUAAUUAGUGUUAUUGAUUAUAAUAAUUAUAAACUUUAACGCCUUUGUUGUAAUUGCAUGGCAUCUGUAGUAUUUUUCUCAUUUACUCGUUUUUCUCAACUAUUUAGAAUCGGCCACCUUAUUGAUCCUAAACAGGUCCAUCUGACACGAUUUUCCGCGUCAUAUUUUUUCACUGUCUAAGCGACUAUAAGCCGUCCUCGUAUUAUCACUUUACAACUGCGGUUAGACAGUCGAUUGCGUACCAAGUCUGUUGCACCCUUUCGAGCUGCAUCCGAGUUCCGUUCCAAAUGUAAAAUUUGAAUUUAAGGAUAUACUAGUUCAGUCCCGGGUUUUUAAAAUGGAUAUACUAUUCCGUCCCGUGUUAUUUAUUUAGUUUUACGGGUUCCGUCCCGUGUAAUUUAUUUAGUCACACGAGUUUCGUCCCGUUUGCCUUUUUAACACUAAUUAAUAUAGUAAACAAUUUAUGACUAUGGUAACAAUUUUAUAUUACUUAGAAAUAAAGGUAAUAUUACUUCCGAUUUCCGCACUAAAUAAUUGGAUCUAAUAAUAUUAUAUUCUUUAGAAAUAAUGAUAAUAUUGAUUUCAGUUAUCGCACUAAAUAAUCGAAUUCGUAUAUAUAAAUACUUUAAUAAUAUUUAAAUUUUGUCUGUAUUUUAACAUUGAUAAGAAAAAUGUCUAUAUAAAUUAUUAUAUUUUUAUAUCAUAUAAAUUUAAUACAACAACAAAUUUUUAUUUAUGAAAGUACAUACUACGUUUGAAUAUUUCGUAUUUAACAUUGAUAAGAACAUUUUUAAUCGGGACAGAAUUGGUAUAUAUCUUUUUUUGGAUGGAAUUGGUAUAAAAAAAGGUUAUUGGGACGGAACUCGGAUGCAGCCCCCGUUCGACUAACAAAAUGUCAAACGAGAAGGGUUACAAAAAAAAAAAAAAAGUAUCGAGUUUUGAUUGCGUUUAACUUUUAUAGCAUUUGAUUGCGAAUCCACUGCGUUUAUUGUCAUUUUCUUUUCUGUAUGGUUUUCGUAUUCAUUGUGCCGUGGUGAACGUAUUUUUUCAUAUUUUUUUAUACCAAAAAGUUAUAGGUUAAUAAAUAAAUACAUAUAUCAAAUGUAUAUUACUCCUCAAAUACAAUUUUUAAAAAUGUUUUCACAGUGCUAAAUGUAUUAAGUAAUGUAAUAUCUAUACAGUGUAAAUAAUGAUAUUUGUAUGUAUAAUUUUUUUUUUUUAUAAUUCGUUAUAUUUUUCCAGCAUAAUAUUAUACUAAUGUAUGUACAUUGGUACUGUACAUGUCUUUACAACAUUUUAACAGAGCCAAUAUAAUAGUGUACCUAUCAUAAUGAAACGCUUACCUAAUUUAGAACGUUUUCUUAUACGUCCGAUAUGUAUAAGAAAGCCACACAAAAGUUCGCAAUCGGAACUUAGGGAGGGAUUGAAAAUGUCAAAACAGGACGCAAACGGAUGACGGAUAUAUAUCUUAAUAGUAUCCCAAUCAUAUUCUUUCGGCCUUCCCCCCCCUUUCCAAUAAUAAUUAUUACGAAAUACUUCUUAUAUAGGUAUAGAAAUGAAACCUAUUGAAUUUUGAAAUUUCGCAAAUCGAAAAAACUUAUUAAUAAUGCGUCCCAUCGUUUAUUAUUAUUUUUGUGGAGGUAGGUAGGCAGGUACGUCUAUUGAGUAUAAUAACAGGUAAUGGUAUUCGUUUUACCAGGUGGAUAUUUUUCUUUGGAAUUAAAACGGAUAUAGGUCGGAAACAGAACGACUGAUAAUUUAAAGGGUUCAACGGAAAUGUGUGUUACAAAAGUUUUCGAAGGCCAUAAAUCACGACCGAACUAAAAAAAAAAAAAAAACUACAUUCAAUACGAAUGUGCUGCAUGGUAUACGCACAGCGUUCUUGCAUUUUAGUUUCACGUCUCCGAAGGGACAUUAUCGAUCAUGUUCUCUGCUCACUGUUGUUUUUUUCGCACGAUUAACCAUCCCCUUCAUUUUUUUUUUUUUUUUGAAAUGCAUAAAAUCUCACGACAUGAAAUGGAUUUCAUCAUAAUAUUACGUACAAUUUCUACCUAAGGGAAAAUAAGUGAAUUCAUGAAAUACAUUAUAAGUAUAUUAUUUCGUUGCUUACACAAUCAAAUUAUUACGAUUAUAAUAUUAUCUACGAUAAUACCUACUUAUCGAUUUAGCGAAAAUCAUUUUAAAAUGUCAAUAAUAAAACUCGUGUAACAUUCGGCCGACUUUAUAGUACAUUUUAUUGUUUUAAAUAUUAUAUUGAAUGCAUGCAUAUUAUAUUAGGAUACAACAAUGUUUAAGCCAUUUUUGUGGGUAUGAAUUUGUGGAUAUAUUUUGAAAUAGUAUGUGUCUAAUGCAUGUGCAUUGUGUAUCUUUGAUUACCUAACAAAGCCUCUCAAGUCGACAUUUUGAUUUUUUUGUACAUUUUUUAGUUUACAAAGUUCACAAAGUUUUUUUGGGUAAAUAAUAUAUUGUUACGAUUAAAAUUAAUUUAAAUUUUCGUUUAAUAUUAACUUUUCAACCCUUUCAUAAACGAUCUUUAGCACAGCUGCUGAAGUAUAUUAUAAAGAUUGAUUUAUUUAGUACAUACAUUAUAUUUAGAUUGAUGGGCUAGUUAAAUUUUUAAAACUUAAUAGAAAAAAAGAAUUCUAAUAUACUUAAUAUUAGAAUAAAUUCCCUUUCUGUUAUUAACACUUGACAGUGUUAAUUUCCAAUGUUAAUCACUAACUGGUUAGAAAGUUAGAAGUUUUACUAAGAGUUAUUUUUGUCCGUGAUUUUUAAUUUAACUACUUAGUUACUUUGUUUACAUUGUAACUAGUUGUAUUUUUAUUAGGUAUUUACUAAAUACCCAAGAAUAGAAAAUUAAGCUGAAAAAAAUAAUGUUAAAUUAGAAAUUUCUGAACCUAAGUGAUACAUUUUUAUUAAAAUUAAUUUAUGGCUAAUUGGGUAAACUUUAUGUAUACUUAUUUUAUUAUGGAAAUAGGUGGUAUGAGGUUUAAAAAGUAAAUAGAGUAUGCUUAAAUUAAAAACUAAAAUGAUAUAGCGAAAAUUCCAUAGAAUAAUUUCCAAAAUGCUGAGAUUUUUACGAUUUUUGAAAAAAUAUAAGCUUUAAAAACGUAUAAAAAACAACUACUACAUCACACUCAAUUUGUUUUUUUUACCAUUAUGUAAAACUUAAAAUGUACAUCGUAUUCAAAUUUCAAUUUGUGUUCGACCAAACAGUUUUAUUCACAUAAAAUAUAAUACAUACUAAACAAAUAUCGGAACCACCUCGUAUGUUAUUUACACGACAAACGUUAUUUACCAUAACGGUUUGUUCACAUCAUUAUAUUGUUAUUUAAAAUACUUCAACAUGAAUUUAAAAAUUCGUAGGGUUUUAGUAAAAAAUAGUAAAAAAAUACCUUUAAUUAAAAAAAAUAUCAUUAUUAAAAUCAAGGUAAAUUUUCGAUUAAAAUGCAUACGUUUAGCAAAUGAAUGGACGUGACUGAAGACUCGGUCCCACGUAGUGAGAUUAAGUUUUUCACUUUUUUAUUUGGGAGUUGGGGCAUUGACUUUAUACUGACCUGCAGUAUUAGACUUUGCGUGAAUUUCAAUGCAUUUUAUUGAGAUGGCCUGAAAUGUUGUGUAUUAUUGAUAUUUACUGUAUACUGUAAAUCAAACUACAAAUUUAUCAAUCGAGACGUAGAUAAUAUAUAAUGAAAUUAACGUUUUGUGUAGAUAACAUAUGGUAUAAGUUCCAAAGUUUUAUGUUUACCUAACCAAAGUACCAAACCUUUUUUAAACCAAAUUACAACAGUAAAACAAAAUCGAAAAUUAUAAUAGAAACCGUUAUGGAAAUAUUUUAUAUUAUCGUUAUAUUUUCGUUUUCUGAAAUUUUUCCCUGGUUUUUUCAACUUUUAAGAAAAAUAAAAAUGGUCGCUGUCGAAUUUCAACCAUACAAACGUUUCAAACGUUACAUGCGUAUAAAAUGUAUGUCGCUCGCGAAUUUGCUUUAUAUAUAACAAUAUACCUAGAGUUCAAUGGUCUUGUCUAACCGCUACUAUAAACACUGUGUAUCUAGCGGUCUUUUCCGUCACCCGGUGACGCUCUGUGUUUAUAUUCUAAUAUAUAAUAUAAAGUAGAAUAAAGCUAGUAGUAUAAACUUCUGCACUUUUCAGACUUUUUAUUUUGAAAUUCACUAGGGUCCGGUCCGGUCCAAUUUGUCCAUGGAGUGCCGACUGGCCGGCGUCAGUAAAAUUUUAAUACUAUAACUGCUAAACUAAUAUCACUAUUACUAACGAGUAGAAAAGUACACUAUUGUCUGGGUUAAUAUUACCAAUGUUCUCCUUCAGCCAUGUGUUUCGGCUGAAAAAUUUUCAAAUCCAUACGGAUAACAUACCUAUAUUAUAAUAUAAUUUUUGGUUUUUUCAUGCUAUUUUUAAAAUAAUUGAAAACCCAUCGCGUGAUUCACGAUGUGCGAUUUGCUUUAUUUAUCGGAUGAAUUUUAAAUUUAGAAUAUCAUAAUAUUAUAUUAAUAUUUUGGUUUUGAUUUAUUAUUAAAUAUUAUUAAUUUGAGGUUCGUUGGACACCCAUGUAAAUAAUGGCACUAUACGGGAUGAUCAAUCUAUCAUAAGACAUUUAAUAUCUCGGAAAAUAUUGACUUUUCCGGAAUUUAUUUUCUAGAACAUUUAAGAAAUAAGCUACUAUACAAUUUUAUAUUUGCAUUAUUUUUUGUCACCAUAAUUUUUGGGGGUGUUUUACGCCCAACAUUUUUAAUUUCCGUCAAUCCAUUGACGAAAUAUUUUCACUUUUAAGUUUGGGUCGGAGGAGAGUAGUGAAGCAUCAUUGGUGUGGCGGCACAGGGCGCGGCUUUUUAAGAAUGUACCACUACUCUCCCCCGACUCGAACUUAAAAGUGGAAUAUCUUGUCAACGGAUUAAUGGAAAUUAAUAAUUAAAAUACCAAAAUGUAUUUUAACUACUACUCCGUCUAUUAAUGGAAUUUUUAAUGUAGGUUGCCAUUUGAAAAUCAAAAGUAGGUAGUCGUUUUACCCCCCAAAUUUAGGGUGAAUAAAAAUGUAAAUAUAAAAUUGUAGAGCGGUUUGUUUCUUAAAUGUUCUAGAAAAUAAAUUCCGGAAAAGAUAAUAAUUUCCGAGAUAAUGAGUGUCUUAUGAUAAAUUGAUUACUCUGUACACAUAGUAAGUAUUCAUAUGAAGUUCAGAAAACUCAUGGAGUUUUUUAAACAUAUUUUCGGUCUACUACGAUUAGGUCUUUAUACAUUUAAAAUCAUUCCAGUCUCGGUAUUUUUUAGUCGAAAAAUACCGCCCUGUCUUUUGGUUUAUUUCAUUCGCUUGUCCGGUUCGGUCUUUAAAAACCCGGUCCGGGCAGAGCUAUACUAUACGGUUUAAGUGAUGGCAUAUCGAUCUCUAUAAUAUCUAUGAUAAUUUCAGCGGAACUGCCGUUUUGAGAGUAUUCGCGGCUAUUUAAUGUUCCGUGUUUUGCGUGUAAAAUCGAUAUUUUGUCUAAGUACACACAUGUACACACGAACACAGUCCCGUCGUUUACACUCAAGCUCGUAAUAGAUUGAGUGCAUAUAUACAGGGUGUGACUGCACUAUUUGACAUUUUUACUUGUAUCUACAAUGUAAAAAUAUCUAAUUGUCCUGUUAUACUCUGUAUACCGGUACCAAAAUUGUAUACAUCUACAGUACGCUCUGCUAUGUAACGAGGGAUUCACACUAGAGCUUUAUUGGUAUAAGCGUUAACCAAUCAGAGAGAAAAAAAAAUAAAAAUAAAUAUUGCUAAACAUAAUUUAUGGUAAUUAUUAAUAGCCAACAAGUGAUAAAUGAAAUGAUAAAUAGAUAUGUAGGUAUUUUAUAAUAGUUUUCGGAGUUCACAAAAAUCAUCACAAUAUUGUUUUAUUUAAUUUUUGUUUGUUUCAAGACAUAUUACACGUUUAUUUUUAUCUUUAGCAAAAUUUAUAGUAUAAAACAGUUUUUAAUUUCACCAUUUCAGUACGGUUAUUUGUUGAUGUUUAUUUGUUUUAUCUUUGAUUGGUUUACUCAAACAAAUGGCUCUUUAGUGUACAUUUGCCUAAUCUUACACGUAUAUUGGCUUCACACACAUACACUCACUCACAUUUGCAGUAAAAAGAAAAAAAAACCGUAAAAACUAUUGUUAUUAUUGACUUAAUUAUUUCAAAAUUUGCAACGUUUCAGAUUGUACUACGAAUAUUAUAGUGAGCAAAGUGAACGGCUUUAAUAAUUAUAUUUUUUUUCCUUAAGAUUGAUAUUGAUAAUCGAUAGCGAAAUUUAUUUCGUCAUGAUGAUUUCGAAUUUCCAUUGUCUUCUGACAUUGUAGUCCGUGGUUAUAAUAUAUGUAAUAAUGCGGCGUAUUGUCAUUUCUGUCAAGCGUAUCAUCAAUAAGAGGGGGGGGGGGAAUCGAUGUUGUUUUUCUUUACGAUAGGUAAAAAAUACGUAGAAAAAAAAACAGAUAUAACGGCCGUGUAACUAUACAACGAAAACGUUGUACAUUUUGUACAACGCUGAGUAAAUGUGUUUUACACACGCGUAUCGAAGUAAAUUAUAUAUGCGCGGGCGCACUCUGUACAUGUGCAUACCUAUAUGUGAAUAAGAGAGUAAAGGAGAAAGAGAUAGAUUUUUUUUUUUUUUUAUCAGGUCGGUUGUGUAUAGAGAGUAUAGGGUGUAUGAAAGAGACUCUUGACACACCGAAGUCUGUCAGUCGCGUCGCACACGUAUAAUAUUAUGUUUAACGUUUAUAUAUUAUGUAUGUGUGUAUGUGUACAGGGUCUAAAAUUUCACAAAAUCCCGGUUAUAAUAAUGUCAUGGCGAAAUCGGCCCCUAAAGGCUAUUUAAAAAUAAUUUUUUUUUUCAAAUUCGCAAAACUUCAACAACGCACGGACAUCUGCUGACACUUCCGUCAAACUUGUUAGAAUAUCGAAAUUCCCGGUAUUCGAGCAAACUAUGAAUAUUAUUUAUUUUAACCCGAUCGACUUUUUCGAGGAGUACUCGCGUUUUAUUAUACAUAAUAUACAUGCUUUUAGCGUUUUAACGAUCGACACAGCGGGGAAGGGGUGGAUGUGUUGAAAAUAAUUUCACGAAUUAUGUACGAGUGUCUCACUUACUUUCCUCUACCAUUUUUAGGGACAUGGAAAUUAAUUUCGGCCGACCGUGCGCUCGUGCUUCGAUGCCGCUCACCUGCAGCAAUAUAGCCACUCGUCUAUCACUCGUUUUUUUUUCUUAUCACCAGGAGAGAAAUCGGUAUUUCACAAACGUAUACUGCUUGGCUCCACCCAACUAAAUUUUGAUGAAACCGCCACCGUGGUAAUUAAGGUGAAGCUAAAAAAAUCAUAAUACGGUAUCCACCGUGGGUCGAAUAAAAUUAAACCACUCAUUAGUGAGUGAUUAUGACUGCGUAUAAUACUUAUCGCCCCCCCCCUUAACUCCCCAGGAAUCGCCAAACCUAAUCGAUAAACCUAACAAAUAAAUCGUUCCGGAACAGUAAAUAAACAAUGUUUUUUGUUGAUUUCAUACAUAAAAACCAAUACAGUUCCGCGUUUACAUAAAACGUGCUAAUUUUCGUAUCGGUAAAUUAGUUUGCAUGAUUGUCGGAGGAAUAAAAACCGCGAAAACAAAACGCAAUUUUUGAUGGUAAAUGAAUGGUCAAAGUGUACUCGUUUGCGGUUCGAUUCGGAACAACAAACCCACACACACACACACACACACACAUAUAUACACUGUAUAAUAAUAUACAAUACGUAAGAGUAGUGCGUAUAUAUGUACAUGCAUUAUAAUACACGUACGCCAAAGUGUCGUUGACGGAAUUGAUCGGAAGCAUUUUGGGAACCCCCGCGGAAGUACCGGCACUAUAGGUUGAUAUUAUAGUAAAUAACCGGGUUAUGUUGUGGGCAGGUACGCCCGGGGCGGGACCGGGUCCCCGGCAUAUUGAUUGGGGGCCCGGCGGGUGCGCGCGCCGAUCACUGUGUUGUUCGGUCAUUCACUAAACGUCGUCGUCGGCCGGGCCGGGGCCACUGCCACUGCGCUGCUACCAUCCGUCCCUGACGCCCAGCGGCAGCGGUGACGGUCGUCGUCGCCCUCGUCGGUACAACAGUCGCGGCGCUCAGCACACGCCCGUCCACUCGAAACGAUGUAUACGCUUAUCAAAUUUCCAGUGGUUUCCAAAUGCGGCGGCCCGGAGGACGGAGAUAACCGUUGUUGAAUCUCGUCCGAUCCGGGGCGGGUCCGGUUAUUAAUUAUGCCCGGAACGCCGACGACAACGGUCGCGGUACUGAUUUCAGUUUUGGACAACAAAAUAGUAGCGUUAAAGUCGAUAACUUGGCAUUUGGGCGUACGGCGGCGACGUGUGUAGGCAAUCUCGGUACACGCGUGCGUCUACACGGGCACGCUUGGUUGUCUACAUUAUCAUAUUAUUAUGUAAUAAAAUAUUGUUAAAACCGCGUUCUUACCGGUCGGUACUUUAACAUAAUAUUAUAAAACAACGUAGUCGGCACUAAUGCCAUCUAAUGGUUGCGAGUGUGUCACGUAUGUACGAUUUAGAGGGUCCCGGUUUCAGUUCCAGGCCCUGAAUAUUAUAAUACAUUAUAAUUAAUUAUAAGCAAACAAUUUAAAAAAAAAAAUUUUUAUCUUAAAGAAAAUAGUUCAUAUCUUCUAUUUACGCUAUAAGUCAUCUAUAUACCUGCAGUUUUUGUGUGGAAGAUUAAUCUUUUCCGGAUAUUGUAAUUUUAAAAACAAACCCCAUAUUAUAUAUUUAUCGUAUACAUUUAUUAAUAUUGUGUAAAAUUCGAAAACCAUGUAAUCAGUAUCGUUACAAACGGUAUACAAACUAUAUAUUACAUUACUACCAUCAAAUGUUGCGAAAAUAUUCUAAGUAUAAAACUUUAAAAGAUUCUUUGAAGCACACUCUGGCGGUCGCACGUGUAUACUUUGCUGAAAUCCGAUAGAGUGCGAUAGGAAUAGUAUUUAUUUUAUGAUAUUCCAACUAGAAGAGUUUAAAUAAUAUUUCAAAAGACAUAUACAUAAUGCGUAUUUAUUUCUAAUAUAUCUUUAGAUUAAUGUAGUAUCCUACUCAAAGUUAACAUUUAAAAAAAGCUAUACUAAAAAUAACUAAAUUUAUUAUGCUAAAAUAAAGUUAAUUGUUAUUGUCAUUUAAUUAAUUUAUAGGUACCAUAAAAUAACGUAGUUCGAAAAUCUAUCUUUCUUUGACAAUUUCAGUGUCCCAUAAUUUCGAUAGUUAUAAUCUCAAAUAGUGUUUGAAGUGAUCAAGCGGGUCAUCCGAUUGAUUUUUGGUUUUCUCGGAGCUCUCUACUAACCGGACUCGAAAAACAAAAUAAUGAACUUACGCACUCCUAGUGAAUACGCAAGUCAUACACGUUUAAAACUGUUUAACUACUUGCAGAUAAACUUAAAAUACAAUUAUUAAUUCAUUCUUUUCAUUUAUAAUUUUUUUUUCUUUUUUUUUUGAGCAGUAAAUGAUUAAAAAAAUGUCACUAAAACUCGUUUACGGAUGUUUAGAAUUUCCAGAAUUCUCAGAAUGUUUAGCGGUUGUUUCAACGGUUGAAUGUGAGAGGUCUCAGAUUCAUUUCUUGGCUUGAGGGCAAAAUACUUUACAUUCCUCUACUGCUUUUCUUCUUAUUUGUUCGUGAAAAAUUACCACACUUAUUUUAUUUUUUUCCCUUUCGAGUUUACUAAACUUCGUUUGGAAAAUCUAUUCAAACGAAACGAUUUACUAUUACUUAACAAUUUAAAAUAAAUAACAAUACAAAAUUGGUUUGCGACAAGAGAUAAUCUCAAAACGUAUUUUUUGUACCAUUGUACCGUGUCCGAGAAAUUCGUUUAUUAUAUUUAGAGAGUUUGAGUUACUUGGAAAAAAAGUAUGACUGCAUUUUCAAGUAAAAAAGGUAUAUAUAGCAACAUACUCGUUUUUUUUUUUUUAAAGUAUGGCAUAAUAAAAAUCAGAGUAUUUACUAACCGAAAAAAUUUUUUCUAGGAAAAAAAAACUUGCUCAUCUUAAUAAAGCUAAUAGCUUUUUCUCUACAUCCAAAAUCUAAAAAGAAAAUUAAUGUUUAGUUUGUAAAUAAUUCUGAAAUAGGUAGUAAAUAUUUGUAUAGUUAACUCAUAAAUUGUCAUAUUGUUUUAGUUUCGCUGUACUAAAACAUUAUAAAACGUCAACAGAGAAAAUUAAUGGAAGUAAUAUGAAUUAAUUAAAAGCUAUCUUUUCAUUUAAGCCCAUGAAAUUUAACUGUUCUGAAAACUAUAAUGAAAUUUAAAUUUAUAUACGAAACAAAAGUAGCGAGUUUAUUAGUUAUAGUGCCUAUUACAGUAAUAAUAUAAUUAUUAUUUGUUUUGUAAUGGCGUGCGCUUUCCAUUAAUUUUUGGCUUGUUUUAACAGGUCGAUAAAGUUUAUUCUAGAAUAAAUUACUCCGAACAAUUUAAAAUAGCCGUUCUAUAAAUCUAAAAUCAGCCAGAAAAAUAAAAGGUUAUUUUUAGGUACUUAUUACUUAGGUACCUAUUAUUUGUUUUAAACAAAUUGAAUAAAUGUAUAAAUAUUUAUAUAUAUACGAGUAUAUAGGUUUCUUUUAAUAUGACAAAUAUAUGUUAUAUUUUAUGAACACUGUAUAAAUACUAUUUAAACUUUGAUAUUUUGAUGUUUUUGUACCCAAUUAAAAUUUUCGGAAAUUUUGUAUAAGAGUACUAAAUUUAUUUGAAUUUUUUUUUUUUUAAUUUUCGAUGUCAAGUGUGGAAAGAAAAAUAUAUUAGUAUUCAAUUAAUGUAACUUAUUGGAGAAGGUAAAUUCACGCAAAGAACUUUAUACAGUUAAUUUACAAAUUAAUAGUUGAAUAUAUGAUGGUAUAUUUAACAGAGAAGUUGCAUUUCGAAUUGAAUAAUAAUUAAACAAAUUUCGAUUUUCUAAGUUAAAAUAAUUUGUCAAAUACAAUAAUCAUUUUUAUUUAAAAGUUUUGAAAUUGCAAUAAAAAUUGUAUAAUACAAGGUUAUUCUAAUAAUAUAUUUUGAUAUUCAUUAAUUACAAUUUCGGUUCAUAGUCAUUUAGAUUUAAAACAUUAUUAAUAUUUAUUAUUAAAAAAAAGACGGACAUACUUCGCAAGUGGGUGCAGCCACUGUUGUAGGGGGUAAGUUAGGAAGGUAGUAUACAGAAUUAAAUUUAAUGUAUAUCUGCAUGAAAAGAUAAACCAUUGCUAACGAAAAACGAUUCUGAGCGCAGUUCGGUUGAUAGUGAUGUUUUGUCAACAAUAUAUAUAUAUGUCAUAUUAUGGUGAAAUAAUUAAAUAGGCAUUGUAUUAUAUUUUCUUUAAUAAUAUUUGUUUAUUAUUGUACCGAUUUUCUCGUUUUCCCAUGUGUUUUUCCGAAUUUUCACAUUUGCUGGAAACUCCAGAGAAAAUCGAAAAACUACCUCCUUAAAGUACCUUCCCAGUAAGAUUUUGUUUUAGAAAAAAAGCUAUCAUUGUAAAUCGGGGCAAAAUUGUUGGGAGAAAAGUUUGCAAUAAAUCGAGGGGUAUUUUGCGAUUAAAAUUGUCCGAGUGAGUGAUAGCUUAGGACUCUAGGUAAAUCCAAAAUGCAUUUGUUUUUUCUUGUUUAGGUAAAAGUGGGAAAAAUGCAAACAAUUUGUUUCAAAACUCGAGUUUGAACAUGCGACCCUUAGGAUGUCAGUAGGAAUGUAUUACUAUUAGACUACGAACAAAUUUAAAUUUGAUAAUAUCUAGUUAUUUAACAUAAUAUUUAAUAUCAGCAUAAUACCAAAACUUCAAAAAGCUAUAAUUUUGAAAUUAUGUCAGUCCACUCAAUUCUUACUUCACCAUCGUUCUUAAAUCGGCAAUAUAUAUAUGUACAAAAUAAAAAAUUUAAAAAUUAGAUUUGUUCUGCAUAACUUUUUACUAGAAAGACUUUCGUCAAAAUUUGAUAUUAAAAUUGGUAAACCAGAAUUGUCCAGAAAAUAAUCAGUUGGGCUGAAAUAAUUUGAAAAUUCCCAGUAAUCACGCAGACUUUAAUUUUCCGGAAUGCAAAAAUAAGCAUUCUGUAAUGUCCCGGACAAGAAAUUUCCGUAAUUUAACAAAAAAAAUCACUGAUAGAUGGCGAUGUUUCGUAUACACAAAACAAACAGAAAAAAAGAAUUAAAUUUAAAGGAUUAAAAGAUGUUAUAUUGAUUUUGAAUUCGUGAUAGGUAGUAAUUGUAUUAUACAACGUUUAUAACUGAGUUGUAGUGCAACAUAUGAUUCAUAUGUUAAUUAUUAUAAUAUGUACACCAAUCAGUUGGUUGCAGUAUGGUUUCAAGGUUCAUCGUAAAAUCUAAUGAAUUGGGCCAUGAAAACUCUAUAAAAUAUUUCAUUAUUUUGACGGAGUGUAAAUGUGCAAUACAACUAUAUAGUGAAUCGCCAUUAAAAUUUUAUCGUAUAUCUGUAUUGAAUUUCGAAAUCAGAUAAUUUAAUACUUAAAUUGUUGAUAUUUCUAAAAGACUCAACAAGAUUAUUACUUCUACAAUUAUAUACUUACUUGUUGUUUUUAUUUUCAAGUCAUUAUUUACACACAUGGUUUUACACGUUGUUCAGUCAGAAAUCAUUAUAAUAGCUAAAAAUGGCUAGAAAAUAGCGGUAGAAAGGUUCGGUCAAAGUGUUAGCAUUAUACGUGACCAAACAAUCAAUCAAGAUCCAUUAGCUUAGUUUGUAGUUAUGUAUUCUAACCUCGAGAAAAAUAAAAUACAAUGCUUUUAUUUUUAGUAUUAUACACUAGGAAACCGGAGUUAUUAGUCACGUAUAUAUUUCAAAGGGUGACUUAAUUGUAUAAUUAAUUCCAUUAUUAAAACACUUUGGCUGCAGCGGCAACCGCACGAGAUAUAUUUUUCAUUCAUUAAAAUAUUUUUCACUGUUCCCGUGUUAAAAAUAAACCUAACCGUCUAUAUAUAUAUAUAUAUAUAUGUAUGAAAUUUAAAAAUAAAAAAUAAAAAGCCGGUACGUUGCAAGUGUUUUGCAUAUCAUCUUUAUGCAUUUUAUAUAGGAUAUUGUCCAUGCAUAAGCUGCUGUUGAAGGCGAGAAGUUAGUUGGGUGGGAUAUAUAAAGUAAUUUUAAUUUGUGUUUGUACGUGAAUAUAAAUCUUUGCUACUGAAAAAUGAUUCGGAGCAAAAUUUAGGUGAUCAUGUUUUCAUGAACAUAAGUAGGAUAUCGUAUUAAUUUGUAACUGCAAAACUACAAAAUUAAUUACAAUUGUCAGUGUUUUCGUCUCAUAUUUUUAAGCAUUUUUAUAAAGUUAAAGGGUUUUAUCUAUAUAGAUUGGAAACUAGUAUGUGAAAUGCAAUAAUUUCUACAAUUUUACUCAAAAUUGUAUGUUUUAAUGUUUAUGAAAAAAAUGACGAAUCGUGACUUUAAAUAUUCGAUAUUUUCAUAAUGUCAUUAGAAUCACUUACGGUAAACUUAUUUUUAUCAACAUUUCCGUCAUUUUUUAAAAACCAAACAAUUUCCAAGUGCUAUAUAAAUAGCUCAAUAAUCGCCAGACUUAUGGCCAAAAACUGAUUCUGACAUUGUACCAAAUAUAGUCACUAAAUCACUUAAUACAUUCGUUGGUCAUCACUAUUAGUGGACGGCCACGGUGGUCGACCAGUUGCAAAACCUGACGGUCAUCAGGUGGCGGACUGCUGUUGCGUAGCGGGGUGCCGUCAGGUGGCUGUUACAUUGACCCUUCUGAAUUAUUGGGAUUAUUUUUCGAUUUUUGAAAGUUUCAUCGUGUUAUCUGACAUUGUAUUAUUAUGGCCGAAAAUUGACAUUUCAUACCAGGAGUUUAGAAGCCGUUGUAUUUUGGGUCACGGACGGCCGUUGCGUGACCCGAUGGCCACUACUAUGGUAAUAUUCCUAUUUUAACAUACACUAAUACGAGCAGUGAUCCAUAGGAAAAUUCCCUGUAGUAUUUCGUUUUGUUUUACUGACAAUUCGUCAAUACCACAAUUUAUGGAAAAUAUUGAGUAGUAUAAAUUUUAACAAUGCGUAAUGAAGAAUCAGACCGUUAGCAACUUGGAAUAUAAUCUUAUAUAAACUUAUGAUGCUUUGUCAUAAAGAGAAUUAUUAUUUAAUCUUAUGAACUGGGAAAUUGGGAGUUGGUCAAUUGGAGUUGAUUCCAUGGAUUCACUUAUUAGAAUGAACAGAAUCAAGUGAGCUGAUUAAUAUUAUUGAAUUGAAAAUCCCAUUUCUAAUAAGAACUGUAAGAAGUUAUAGGUAUAAAGACCAUAAAAAUUGUAUUGAAAUAGAAAUUCAACUACUAGUAAAUAAAUUUAGGGUUUUUUUUUCUUAUUCACAGAUGAGUGUGCUUGUGCCGAUUGAAAGGGCCAGCGAUUCAGUUGUAUCGCAAGGCGGAUCGCCACCGUACACGGCCAGGCACAGGUUCAACUCUCCUGGAAAUCCUAGCACGCCAACGGACCCACUGCCUGCACCUCCGGACAACGGCGAUUCGACCGCGGUCAUCGAAACCCAAGUGCCUAUCGUUCGCAAACAUCCGUGCUUGUCUUGCUGGUGUUGUUGUUGCGGAUGUUCCUGGUGAGUGUAGUGCAGUCGAUUUUAUGGGACAUGGGGGACGGCGAAAGUACGUCCAUUUAUUGCGAAGGAAACGAGUUGGUGCCGUCGCUGGAUGUAGCUUUAGAUAAUCGUGUCUCCCAGCCUUUUAGACACAGUCCGGACCAAUCAGAAAACUUUCGGUAGGUUGCUGUACCAGUUGCGGAGUGCCUCGAUUUUAGGGAGAUUGGAGACAAUUUCUUGAAGUAAUAUAGGGUUUUAACUUGCACUGUGUAUCGAUCAAAAUUAUUAUUUUUAUACACCUAAUAAUAGUAUUAUUCGCUUUUUUAGUGCCUUUAUAUAUAAUAACUUACAUGUUUAAUAACGUAAAGAAAAAAAAAGUUGAUAAUAAAUAAAAUACAAUAAUAUCUAAAUAUUCUAGACAUAGACUUUUCAAACAUUCAUUUAAAAUAACAUUUUUGUAUCAAAUUUUUAAAUUUAAAUAUACGUGAUAAUUUUUGAGAGUUUUAAAAAACAAAUAAAUAUAUAUUUCUUUAAUGAAGAACAAAAAUAAAUCUAUUAAAAAUAUACACACAUUAUAAAUAUAAGGAUAAAUAAUUAUGCGCACGUACGUUUUUAUUUAUAAUUUUAAAACGUGUUAUUUAUUUUUAACAUUUAUAAAUAGGUAACUUUAAAAUAUUAUUACUAAAAAUACAAUAAAUAAAAUAAUAAAUUCAUAUUAAAAUGUUAUUAAACUCCGUGUAAUUGAAUAAAUUACGACUCGCGAGUAUGACUUAUAUACUUAAAAACAUGAUGUUUUUAUUACGAAUAUAUUUUAAUUGAUUUAUUUGAACCAGCGUUUAUUUGCAUGCAUACAGGAGUAGGAUAUGCAAAUUAUGGUAAGUAAAAUUUCUAACUUUUAUACUUAAUAAAAAUUUUAACUUUAAUUGUAUUCGUUUUGUUUUAAUACAAAAUAAUUUGUGUUAUUAUAGGGAAUAAGUGAUAUUUGAUAUUUAAUCAUUUUGACAUAGUAUGGUAUGCUAAUCAUUAUUGAUUCAUAAUAUUUUUUUUAAGAGCAUGCUUUUGAAAAGGCCACUGUUGUUAUUAUUAUUAUUUUAGAUUCGGAACGUAGCGAGGGAUUUUUAGGAUUUACAAUGAUGUGUAUAUUUUUUUUAUUAUACAUUUUUUUUCUAUCUGUAAACAACUUUCGAAAAGAAAUUUUAUUCAAAUGUAUAGAGUGUAGUACAUAUUCUAUAUUUGGUACAUAAAGGAGGUUUUUUUGAUUUUUCGAAAUAAUUGGGAAAAAUAAAAAAAAAAAUCAUUUACAUAAUCUACAGUUUUCAACGUUUUUAAUUUUUGUUCGCCAUGUUUUCUACUGGAAACGUUGCUCCAAUAAAACAAUAAAAAUAAGAAAUUGAUUUUCUAUCUAGUUCGUGAGUUAGUGAUUAGUAUUUGGAUUUUUUGGUAGUUUUUGUAAUAAUUGAAAAAAUCCGAAAAAUGAAAACAGAUACAUUUACGACAUUCUUUUAUUUUAAAUUUGUACGAUUUAUGUUUUCUACAAAAAAUAUUGUUCCGAUAGAACAACAACAAAAUAUAUUUUUUGUUGUUUUCAUAAUUUAUUUAGUGAGUAAGAGAAUGGUUUUUUGAUUUUCUCUAUAGUAUUUUUAGUAAUUGAGAAACACUGAAGAAUACGUUGAAAUAACAGGAAAAAAGAAUCUUUUUGGUAUUUUAAAUUUUGUUUUUUUUUUUAUAUAAUUCAGUUAAUAUUUGUAAAGAUUUGUAGUUUUGACAGAAUACUUAUAUUUUUUCUAGACUAAAAUUUUUAAAACUUUUGCGCCAUUUUUGAGCUAUUUAUAAACAUUUAAAUUUUUACUAGAUUUUUAAAUAAUUUUUUUUGGUAGUUACUCUGUAUCUAACAUAGUUAGAUUUAACAGAAAUUCUUGAGAAUUUGACAAGAGGUUCAUUAUAUUAAGUUGUACUCAGCGGUAAUUGAUUGUCAUAUAAUAUUUCUAUUAUUUUUUUUUUUUUUAGAAGUUUUACAAACAAAUUUUGAUGAAGAUUACUGUCUUUAAAAAUAUGUAAACCUGAAUUUCGCGCCUAAUCAUUUUUCGUUAGCAAUGGUUUAUCGUUAGUUACAGGUAUAAAUUGACUAAUUUUAUGUAUCCCACCUCUCUAACUACCCACAUAUAACAGUGGCCGUACUCCUUCUCAGACCAGCACUUUUUUCUUUAUAAAAAUACAAUUUUUAAUAUUGAAAAAGUACCUACAAUAACCUAUAUAUCAAAAAAAAAAAAUAUAUAAUUUUAAAACAAUCCUAAAUAUGUAUACAGUUCUAUGUAAAAAAAAAUAAAAAAAUAUUUGAAUUAUGAAUAAAGCACUAUUAAGAUUAUAUAAAUUGUGUAAAACCUAGACUUUUAAAAAAUUUGUUCAGAGUAUACUUUAUGUCUGUCCAUUAUGUUUUUAUGUAAGUUAAAUAUAUUGAGUACAUAAAGUAUAAAUUAAAAUACCGAAAAUGCGUACUUAAUGCUAACUAUAUUACAGUAACUUACUUCAAAUAUUGUGGGUAGCUUAGUAUCGAAAAUAAUUUCGAUAUUUUUCUGUAUAGAACGUACAUUGUAAAUAGUUCAUUGAAGUAUUUUCUUGUGUUAGUUUGCUUUAAUCAUAAUAUUUUUCAUUGCUUCAAAAAUAUUAUCAAAAAAACGUUCUAAGAUAAUGGGGACGGGUGCAGCCACUGUUAUAGGUAAUUUAAUGUAUACAUGUGAGCAACGAUAAACCAUUGCUUAUGAAAAACCGAUUUUGAGCGGAGUUCCGUUGAUAUUAAUGCUUUGUCAACAAUAUAUAUAUAUGCAAUUUUAUAGUAAAAUAAUUAAAUUUAAAUUAAAAUUUAUUUAAUGUUGUACCGGUUUUCCUAUGAUUUUUCCAAGUUUUUUAUAUUUUCUGGGAAAAUUCUUGGUAAAUUCGAAAAAAGUACCUUCCCAGUCGGGUUUCCUUUUAAAAAACUUGCUAUCAUUAUAAAUUGGAGCGAAACUACUAGUUUAAAAGUUGUUCACAGGAAAAAAGAAGAUGGUAAUAUAUUUUAACUAAUACCUACAUUUCUUAUAUUUUCCCAUUUUUCCUAUUUUUUUUUGGUUUUUUAAAUUUGAUGAGAAAAAUCAUGAGAAAAUCGAAAAAUGAAAUAAUUAAAGUAUCUCCCCACACUGAUUUCCUUUCAGAAAAAGUGUUACACAUAAAAAUCUGAGCAAGUCUUCUGGUAGAAAAGUCGUGCACAGAUAAAAAAAAAGUAAACAUCUUUGUAAAACCAUAAGCUUCUUUGCUCCAUUCAGAAUCUAUAAUAUCAAGUUUCUGAUAUUCUUAUAUUUAAAAAAAAAACCAUUAAUAUUACAUUUAUAUAAAGCUGGGUAAAUAUGAGUUGAAAAGUAAAGUAAAUUUCAGCUUUUAAUUUAACUCUUACCUUUGGUUUUUUUUAUUUGAACAUUGAUCUUUCUUAUUUUAAAUGACAAACUAUCUAUCUAUAUGUUUAAUCAUUUGCAUUUGUCAAUAAGAGUUUUACAAAUUAAAAGUUAACUUUACUUAAUAAGUUGAUUCAAUUUUCAAAUUAACUUUAAACGUGUUUAACCGUUAAAUAUUUUCAAUUAGUUUAACUUAACUGGGUAAUACUAUUAUUCAUUAACUUGCCGUGAUUUACAUCAAUAAAAUACAAAUUGUUUGAUAAAUGCAAAAUAAUUAAAAAUUAAAGAUUUAUAGUUUCUUGUAUAAUAAUAUUAAAUGUAUAUUAUUAAAAUAAAACUAAUGUAAAUAAUAACUACUUAGCCUGAAAUAAUUUAAAUUAAAUCAUUAACUUCAUUAGUUACGCCCUUGGGCCGUCAUCGUGGAUUACAAAUUAAAUAAACAAUGAACAAAUAAAGACAGACUUAUUAAUAAUUAUUAAGUUAUUUUUAAACAGUUUAUUAAUUAGUUGAUUUUUCAGUGUUUUAUCUAUUUUUUGUUUAUCUAUUAAAUUUGUAAUCUGAUGAUUGACCCAAGGCUAUAUCUAAAUAGAUAUAAGUUACCAUUUAGUUUAUGACACUUAAGACCGAGUCACAUUAUACAUAUUUUUUUUUAAAAUUUGAUUUAUAUACAGGGUGAUUUAUUAAGCAUUUUCACUCUAUUUGUGUGGUUCAAUUUCGCAUAGAUUCAAAUUCUAAUUUUUGGAAUUUUUAAGUGUAGUAAUUUUUAAGCCGAUAUUUUCGAAUAUAUAAAAAUGAUGAGGUGAGCGUCCUUAUGAAUCACUUUGUAUAUAGUAUAAUUUUAUUAAUUACUUACCUAUAUUUAUUAUUACAAAAUACAAACGGCUGCUGUCAAUUAAUGUUUUUACCUAUUCUAGAAUUAAAACAACAAUAUAUUUCUGAUUUAUUGCAAUCUUAUCAGUAAUUAGUUAUCAGUCAUAUAUUUUAUUCCAAAUAAAGAGCAUUGUUGUACGGUUUUCUCUGAUACUUAUAUCCUUAUAUCAGUAAGUUGUAAGGUUAUAUAAUUAUAACAAACAGAUAAAUUAUACUACAUAGUUUAUAAUAUUUUUAGUACCUAUACAGGGUGAUCAAUCUAUCGUAAUUAUAUAUCUAAUUAUCUCGGAAAGUAUUAACUUUUUCCGGAAUUUGUUUUCUAGAAUAUUUAAGGAACAAGAUUUUUUACAAUUUUUUUUCAUAUUUAUUUUUGGGAGUAAAACCACUACUUACUUUUGUUUUUCAAAUGGCAACCUAUAUUAAAAAUUCCAUAAAUAGACGAAGUAUUAGUUAAAAUAAAUUUUGAUGUUGACAUUUUUGAUUUCCGUCAAUUCUUAUUCCUCUUUUAAGUUUGGGUUGGGGUAUAGUAGUGGUGCAUUAUUAACAUGCCACGCGCCAUACCACCACACAAAUGAUACUCUUUACUCUCCUCCAACCCGAACUUAAAAGUGGAAUAUCUCGUCAAUAGACUAAUGGAAAUUAAAAAUGUCAACAAUAAAAUUUAUUUUAAAUAAUACUCCAUAUUUUAAACGUAAAAUUGUAGAGCAGCUUGUUUCUUAAAUGUUCUAGAAAAUAAAUUUUAGAAAAAGUUAAUACUUUCCAGAUAAUGAGUGUCUUACGACAGAUUGAUCGCCCUGUAAACUUACAUCUUUAUCUUAAUAAAUCUGUAACUUUUAUCUGAAUCGUCCGUAAGGAUGUCAAUACAAUAAUAUAUUAUCUACCUUCUAUAUUUACAAAAAAUAUAAUACUUUUGUAGUGUACAGUGGAACCUCGCUAUCUCAAACUCCAGUAUCUGGAAGUUUCUGUAAGUCAAAUUUUUUUGCAGCCCCAAUCAUUCAGUAUUGGAUGUAAUUCCCUCGAUAAAUCGAAGGUUCGAAAUGUCAAUUUUUUUUUUAUUUAGUUCCUUGAGGCUUCGAGAUACCGAGGUUCUAUUGUAUUUAUAUUAUGUAUAAUAUAAUCGAUUACAUUGAUGAAUAUAUUAAUUAUUUACUAAUAUACGUAAAUUACGGGUUUUAUAAAUAUUUAAGUCACUAUAUCAAAUUAAAAAAAAAAAAAAAAUGUAUUUAUAAAAUUAAAAAUUUCAUUUUUCUGAGGGAAUGUCUAGAAUUAUAUUAUUAUUAUUAUUACUAUUGUAACGAUAUAAUAAUAUACAGAAUGGAAAAUCGAAAGAAAAAUACCUUAAUACGAGCGAAUUUUCGGUUUUUAUAUUUUAUAUCGUUAUUGUAAUUAUAGUAAUUCUAUGUACAAAUUAAUUUUUCACGAGAACUAAUAAGAAAAUGUUUAUUAUCGUUAAUACCUUCGGAAAAAUUAAUAUUAUAAAUUGAAUUUAGAAAAAAAAAAAUUAGAAUAUUAUAUAGGGGUAUAUUAAAAAAAAAUAUUGUAUUUAUCUCUAACACUUUCGAUUUGUUGCUUUUUUAUUCUUCAUUUUCACGCAUACAGGGAACGUUUUUGGUAAGUAUAUUAAAAAAAAAAAGAAAGAUAUAUUCAAAAACAAACAUAAUAUAUUAAUAAAUUAGUCAAUUUUAUUUUUAUUUUUUUUUUUAUUAGUAAAAAUGUUAUUUCAAAUCAACAACUGAGCGUUUUUUUAUCAUCGUUAUUGUUUGUAUUUUUAAACAUUUUUUUUUUUUUUUUUGAAAUUAAUUUUUAUCGAUUCAUAUAUUAAAUGAAAAUAACGUAUUUACUAACUACUUAAUAAGUUGUUAUGUUCCGUGCGGUUAUAUGAGUAGUUCCUUAAACGUAAAUAAGAGACGGUCGAUCAAUAAUAAUAAUAAAAAUUAAAAAAAAAAAAAAAAAAAAAUGAUUGCAUUACGAGAUAGAUAUUGUAACAAUAUGUUACAUCAAAUACUAUUUGAUUAGAUUACAUUAAUAAUUGUUAGUAAUAAUAUGUAUUAUUAAAAAAAUAACGACGGUAUUAUAGACUCUCUACAUAGGUUCAUAAAUUAAAUGUUUCCAUAUAUCGUUAGAACUACUGCAGUAAUAACGAUAUACUAUAUUAAUUUGUAAAAAUAAAAAAUAAAACAUAUAUAUAUAUAUAUUUAGGUUUGAUCAAUUUAUAUUUUUUUUUCAGUUUCCCAUUAAAAAGCCACCCCCCAAAAUCGAACGACGAAAACGGGUCUACCGGUGACGUAAUCGAAAAUGUAGACACGAGUAUAAGGUAAUAAUUUUAAUAUAAUAUAUUUUAUUUUAUUUAAUAUACUAACGUGAAGUUCUAUAACACUUAAUAGAAGGUUGUAUAUGCUUAUAAUCCAAUUUAUAGUCUAAUUAAACAUAACUAACAUAUUGAAAUUACGUUUCGGUUUAUCAGGUUUUAAAUUUUCCAAUCUCGAAUAACAUAUUAUUUAAUUAUUUAAUAACAUAAUGGGUGUUAACCCAAAUAUAGUAAUUAUACGAAUUAAAACAAAUGAUAAUAGAACAUAAACUAACUAACUAACUAAUGAAAACAUGAGCAAAAGUAACAAAGAAAUAUACAGGUGAUAAACAAUACUAUAAAAAAUUAAAAUUCACAUUUAGGUUCGUCGCACGAGACAUUCUGUGUAAGGGGUGGUUUUUUACCGAAGUUAUUAUGAUGGAUAGGAGUGUGGAAUAAAGUUCGGGAGCACGAGGAACGCAUAGGGACACGGAAAUUUAUCUCAGCUAAAAAAUAUUGGGCUAUCAACUGCACCAUGGAGUAGUUUUGAAUAAAAAGAAAGCUUUGCUCCCGAACGCCUGUUAGCUAAGGUACUCAGGCCCAGGUAAUUUCGUACUACAGAGUAAUCGUGAGGGGGAUGAUCAAUUUUAAAUAUUACAUAAUUUCUAUGGAAAUUGCACAAACAUUUUUUGAGCAGUGUUUAAGAAAUUUUAAAGGUAGAGUUUGUGACCUGAUAAAUACCUAAUUACUUAUAUAAGAAUAUGAUAAGUGAUAUCUGUACUCAUUUUCAAAAUAGUACAACUUUGACCUGUCUGCUUUGUAAAUAUUUUAUUAAAAUAUUAAAAAUGAAAAUAUUUUCGAAAGUUAUAUGAAUGAAAAAAAAAAAUUAUAAUUCAGUUUUUAAAAAUUGUAAUAUAAUAGUACUUUUCUCAAUGAUCUAUAUUCAAAAAUAUAUAAAACACUUUUAUUCUCUGGAAAAUAAAUUCUCGCUACAGUUUCCUGAAUAUAGUUAGUGUAAUAGAUUAUAUUCAAAUUUCGUUUUGAAAAUAUGCUUAUAGAUUAUAUAAGUUACUAUACGACGCAAAUCAUGCUAUAAUAAAGAAAAUACUAGUUUAUGUUUUAUGUGCUUACUUAAUAAUGUAUUAUUUAUUGUACGGCCGUAUUUUGCUAAAUUAAAAACUUACUAUAUAAAGAGAUGAGAAGAUCUUGAAGUAAAACCGGUAAUUUUGAAUUUUAUAUGGAUGGUAGUUUAUAUUAACAUUAUAAUAAUAUAUUAGUAAAUAUUAUGAUAUUGAAUUUAUAUUUUUCAUUUAAAACAGGUUGAGAAUAUCGUGACAGUGAUUAAAACAUCAUAAUCGUUUUAUAUUAUGCUGUACAUCAGUUUUAUUACAAGAUAUGUAAUAAUUUUUGUCUCCAUACUUGUUUAAUAUUACAUAGUUUAAAAAUUACCAUCACGAGUACAGAAAUUCUCAUAAUAAUGAAUAUCACCGUACCAUUACAUGGCACGACGAUACAGUUGACUGAUAUUUAUAUUAUUAUGCUGUAACUCAUUUUCCCAUAAUUACUGGUUAAAAAAAGUUUAUUAAUUUAUUAAGAACUGUCCACCUGAAACGAGUCACAUUAUUCGGCACGAAACGGCCUAAAAAUUAUUUUCUACAUUAGAUAAAAAAAGUAUAUACUAUGGACACAUUUCACGAAGUGCAUAUCUAUUUCACGAAUAUAAAAAAAAACGAUUUCACUGGAUACGAAAUGAGUGAUAAAUUUCAUUUUUACAAUGCCUUAUAAAAUAUGCAUUAGGUGAUAAAAUAUCGGUCAUUUACUUAACAAUCCUUCUAGAGGAGUUGUUUAUUCUGAGUAUAUACGUACGGUAAAAUCACAUUUAUUUAAAUGAUUAUUUUAUUCAUUUUUUUUUUAGACUGUAAAUUAUUUAUAAAAACAAUAUUACAUAUUAUACCCUAUUUUUGAACAAUGAAAAUGCUCAGAAUCAAAAUACAUAUAUGCUUUUCCUAUGAUUAUACUGGAUUAUACCCUCGUUCCUCGGAAUGAACAUCAUUGGCAUUAUUAUGUUUAUUACUGAAUAAUAUCUAACUACGUUUUUCCAAUGGCCUAGUGAUAAAUAAAAACGGGUAUGACUAGACCGUUUAAGUUACUGGGUCUCAUGUAAUUUAUGAUAUAAAUGUUACCGAUGGUGGGUCAAAUGCUUGAAAAACCUCAACCGCAUGCAAAAUAAUUUUAAACAGCCAUAAAACGAUGUAUUAGUAGAUGAAAAUAUUUUAGUAACUAUGAUAAAUUUAAAAAAUGUAUACAACUUUUAAUCAUUUACAAUAACAAAAUUGUCUAAUUUUUGGUUUUAUUUGAUAAUUCCCUCUAGAUUAUAUUUUCUUGAUUUGUUGCAAUCGUUCCCAUUGGUUUUUUUUGUACAAGAUCGAUUUGAUAAAAUAAUUUAACAAAAAUGACUCGCGCAAUAUUAUAUUAUACAGCGUUACAAUAUAUAUCUCUGAUACUUUCAUUUUUACGUUUUAUAUGGCGUUUGACGAAUCAAAAUAUUUACCGUUUACUUGUAAACAAUUCAAUAAUCGUUUGUAUUUAUAAUAUUUGUAUGAUUACAGGCCUCCGCUGGAUGAAAUUCGAAGUUGGAGUAAAUCGUUCGAUCGACUUCUACGAUGUCCUGGUAAUUAUAGUAAUGUACUAUAUUAUUUAGUAAUUAACUAAUAAAUAUCUUUAUUAAAAUUAAAAAAAGGACUAGAGACUUAAAAAUAGAUGGUUAAAAAUGUACAUAGAAUUUGAUUAGGUUUGUAGUUGUCUUGAGAACUAACCACAUAAACGUCUUUUACUCUUUUUUAUUAAAUUUUUACUUAAUAUCAUAGUCGAAAUUUAAAUUAAUUGUUCAGUUUCCAUAAUCUAGCUGUGUAGUGUCAAACACAUGAAAUCACUUAUUAUUUAUUCGCCCAAAAUACGAAAUGGAAAGCAAUAUUUUUGAAAUAUUAUAGUUCUAUAGCUAUUUUGUUUUUUGUUAUAUUACAUAUUGCCAAGGUGAAAAUAUUUACACAUGAGUGAACGGCACUCGUUUGUUACGCCACCCAAAUCAAAAUAUCAUUUUUGACUAUGGAACGGUUAGAAUAGGCCGGAAGUCGAGAAAAUAUUAUGUGCUGACAUAAUAUUCACCGUCGUCGAGAUAACGAUAAUAAGGACACCAAAGUCCCGAUAAGCGAAAUUUAAUCAAUAAACUGUAGGAUUUAUUGGUGAAUAGUUCAUUGUAUAAUUAUAAAUCUUUUCACGGGAUGACUAUUUUAUCAUGAACCAGCAAUUUUCUAUGGAAAUUUAUUCAACAUUUUUGUAAAUAAUCGCUGGUUCAUGAUAAAAAAAAGUAUAGUGUUUCUAAGCUUUUUUAUUCUGCACGUAUACCCCUUGACUUCUUAUUACUGUUUUACGCACAUAACUAUUCCUUUACUGAAGGGGAUCAAAUUUCAUUCAUGUUAAUCGAUUUGAUGACGUUUUUUAUUUUUUUUGCUUACCAGAUACUGAAUUUAUUACGCGCUAAUCAGUGGGGUUUAUUUUAAUAAUAAUUUAUUAACUAAAUAAAUAUGUAUUCACUGAUAUAAAUAACGAUUUAAACUAUUGCAAAAAAAGUAUUUAAUUAUGUAUUUAUAAAUAAAUCCUAGAUAUAUUUGUUUUUGUAGGUACUCAAUUACUUUCUUUUUUUUAAAUUUAUUUUAAAAGUAUUUUUUUACUGGACAUGCAACUUAUGAAGAACUCUUCCUAUUCAAACAAAUAAUUUAAGAAAUUCGAAUAAAACGAUAUGAAAAACAAAUUAAACAAUCAUAAAUCAAUCAUUUUUAAACAAAUGUAAUAGUGCAUUUAUAUGUGAUAUCCUAACUAUAUACAAGUUUAAUCUAUUUUUUUGCAUAGGUAUUUUAAAUAAUUAAGCAUUAUAAAUUUAAAAUAUAUAGAUAUUUAUACUUAAAAAAAGGCUUUUUCAGUAGAACUAUCGAGUUUUUAAUUUUCAGUUAAAGUAUAUAAUUAUUUAUCUCAUUAAUACAUUGUUAUUUUUUGUUUAUAUUUACAGUGGGCAAAGCGAUAUUUCGUGAAUUCUUACGAUGCGAGUAUAGUGAAGAGAAUAUAAUGUUUUGGAGUGCAGUGGAGGAGUUGAAAAAAGAAUCGAAUACUGCUAUACUCGAGGAAAAAUCUCGGUCCAUCUACGAAGACUACAUUUCGAUUCUAUCUCCCAAAGAAGUUAGUAAAGUAGAAUAUGAUAAUAUUAUCAGUCAACCUCAUUUUUUUGUUUUCGACAUGAACCCGAAAAAUGGAGAAGUAUUAUAGCUGAACAUAAUUUAUGAAAAUGUAUUUAAAACUACUCUUAUUGUAACGUACUAACGUAUACGUAUUUUUUUAGGCUGGUAAGUGAAUUUUCAUUUUUUUGGUAUUUUCCGAAACUUCGUAUCUGAAGUUUACAAAUUAAAAUUUAAAAAAAAAAGGAAUGUAAAUGCCAGAGCUCCCUUAUUGUAGGUACAUUCCCAAAACAUAAAAUCAAAAUUGUAACUUUAUGUCAAAAUUAAUGUUUACUGUACGAUUCACUGUUUGCCCCGAAUGUAACUUUUAUACCAAGAAAAUACCGCUGUGUUUCACGAUUUCAAUUUUCGAUUUGAUUGCACUAGUUGCACUGAGUUUUCCUUUGCAUCGACAAUAAAAUAUUCUGAUUUAUACGAUAAAAACAAAAUAAUGAAUAGUUUAAUGGAAUAUAAUUUCGUAUUUGAUAUAAAACCCUAGUUUUGUGAUAAAAAUACUGUACACGUGCAGUUUUAUUUUUGUUAAAUCAAAUAAGCUUUAUUUUAUUAUAUUGAUCUUUUAAUUCAAAUAUAUUGUAACCUUAUACGGGGUUGUUAUACAAGUGCUUUGAAUAAUUGUUACAUGUAAGCAGGUGUGGACUGGUAAAAAAGAGCAUUGGAUGCUACAUAAUUUUAGGGCAAAUAUCAAAAAUUAUUAAAAUAAUAAAAUAAAUUUAAAAAGCCAACAUAGGUACUUCAUACCAUGAGAUAUGGAUAGGUCACUGUAGUAAGUUGGUACUGAAAGAUAUCCAUAUGGUAAUUUAAUUUAUAUUUGUACGCAAUAAUAAAUCAGUGCAAACGAAACACGAUUCUGAAGCAAGUUCAGUUCAAUAUUUUUUUACAAAUUUAAAUUGAAAACAAUACAUUAUUUUUUAACUAUAAACUAAGUUAAAAUUCUUUGUGUUUUUAAUGAAUUCUUGAAUGAACUUUAAUGAAAAUGUCGAUAAAAAAAAAAUUGCGGAAAAACCUCAAUAAUUUCUUUUUUAUUGAAAAUAACACCACGUCUAAUUAGUACUAAUAUAUUAAGUAAUGUAAAAUAAACAAUGAUGUAUUAAAUUAUUGUAAACAAAUUAUUCUAUAAAUUAUCGAUUAAUUAUAACUUCCUCAUUAAAAAUGUAAGGCCACUUACAUGACAUAUUAUUAAAAUAUUUGUAUUAGAAAAAUGUGUUAUUUUUGUACAGGUGAGUUUAGACUCUCGUGUUCGUGAUAUUGUCAAUAAGAACAUCAAUGAACCAUCGCCUCAUAUGUUCGAUGAAGCUCAGUUACAAAUUUACACGCUUAUGCAUAGGGAUUCAUAUCCAAGAUUUAUAAACUCGUCGACGUACAAAAAAUUAGCCAAACUCGAAAACGGAGCUACCGGUAAUGCUCCGAACAGUGGCCAACAAACCCCAACCAAACGCAAACAGAGCAAUAUAUGAGAAUAAAAACCCGAACAAAAUUUCUCAGGUAAAAAUAGGUUGAUAUUUAUUAUAAAUUAUACGUAUUAUAAUAAUACGUAAGCGCUUGCAACCAUUUUACGAUACAAUGAAAAUAAAGUGUUAUUUUUAUUUAAAACUGGGCGGUUUGGUAAGAAUAUAUUUACCCGAUAUUUGAUCAACACAUCGUUUUUUUCUUAAAUUUUUCAUAAUGUAUUGCUACUAACAAAGAAUGCAAUAAAACUUGUUUUAAAAAGAAGGCGCAACAAAAAUAAAAUUGAUAGUCAGUGAUUAGCUAACCCUUUGAAAAUACCUAUGUGAAAAAAACACAUCCUUAUUUUGUAAUUUGAUAUUAUCAUUCUUUUAUCUAUAAAAAAUUAAUAAAUACAUUUGAUGGGUAGUAGACAAUUGAACGAUGCCCGUCGGAAUGUUUUCAUAUAGACUUUUCUGAGCUCUUGAUAUUAAUUUUCGAUACCUACCAUUAAAAUCAUCAUAAACACUAGCAAAAAAAUUGCUAUUUAGCUUGCAACAUUUACGAAUCAACAGCCACCAGAUCAGAAUUCGAAAUUUAAAAUUUUUACUUAUUAGGUAAAGUACAAGUAAUUUCAAAAAUUUAUAUUUUUGAGGUAUCUUGAUUCUUAAUUUACAAUGCUACAAAAAGAUCAUAAAACCAUGACAAAAUAUAGGUAGUUAUUAUCAUAGUGCAAUAGCGACAAACACGUGGCCGCUGUUCUCGUUUUAAGAGAGUGAGUAGUUAGAAAACUUCAAUACAAGAAGAGAAUGUAAGAAAGGGGGAGAGUAGAUAGUGGCUAAUUUGUUUUCACUUCAUGUACCAAAAAAAAAAAACAAAAAUAAAAUUUAUAUUACUAUAAAUAAACUUCUAAACUUAUAUUCUUAUAAGUAAUUUUUAUUUUGGUAUUACCUGUGGUACGUAUAUUAUUAUUUAUAAUUUUAUUCUUUAACCACCAUGAACAACUAACACCAAAAUGAUUCAAUUUUGUAUAAAAUAGAAAAUUUAGGAAAUCUUAUUUUACUAUUAAAAAAAUAUAUUUAUAGAAUUUGAAGACAGUAAUAUAUUAUAAUUGUCUUGUUUUUCAGCGAUAAAUAUUUGUAUUUUGGUGUUCAAGCCUGCGUUUGGACCCAUGUAUUUGGGACCAGAAAUGAAACAAAUGUCGUAGAAUUACAUUUAAUACAGGUAGUAUAUAAGGAAAACUUUCAAUUCUAAUGCGUCAAAAUAAUUUAAUUAAAAAAUAUUUAAUAAUUAGGUUUUAAUCGAUAAGGAAAAGUAAAGGUUUUAUACAUAAUAUAUAUUAAACAAUAAAUACAAUUUUUAUUUCAUUCGCAAAAAAAUACAUUUUUUUAUAUCUUUAAAAAUUAAAAUAAUAAUAUUAUAGUAGUGAUUAUAAUUUGUUUUAUUAUUAUCACUGACUUACUGUGUUUGUCAUAUUGUGUAAGUACUUUGAUAAAAAAAAAAAAAAAGUACCUACCUAAUAAUUGUUUUUAUAUUAAAUAUAUACUUACACAACACUAUAAUUCUCUUAUCUUAAAGUACCUACAUAUAAUAUAAUGUGCAAUGUUUAAAAAAUUAUUAUGUAAAUAUAUAUAUAAAAAAAAAAAAACAAUAAUGCCAUAUUAUAUCCACGUACCUAACGAAUAAGUUUAUGAUAUUAAACAAAACGUUUAAAAAAAAAACCGAAAUUGUGUUACCUAUUAUACCUUAAAUUAAAGCUAUAUUACUUGUACAAUAAUUUAUAUUAUUUUAAGACUAAUAAUAUUGUACCUACUCGUCAUACACUUCGGUAUGCAAUAUUAUAAUGAUUUAAUGUAACAGUACACGUAAACACAGAUGGCGAUGAUGGUAUAAACUCAAUUUGAAUGUUUUUUUUUUUUUAAUAGAAUAUUGUUAUUGUUAUUAUGAUUUUUUUUAAAUUUUUUUUUUUUGUAAUAGUUGUAGUUAUACUUUUUUUCGUAUAUACCUACACUACAUAUUAUAUACAUAUAUGGUUUCGUACAAACACAAUGUAAUAGGUAGUGAAAUAUAAAUUUAUUAGUUACAUAUUAUACAAUAUUAUUGUUUCUAGUCUAAAAAAAAAAGACUGUAUAAUUUUAGUUCGUGUCGUAAAUACGAUUACCUCUUUUUUUUUUUUUUUUUUUUGGUUAUUUAAGAAGCUUUUAAUAUUGUGCCAAUUUGUAUUCUUAUUAUGAUUCUUUGUUUAAUAUUAUUUUAAGUUUUUUAGAAACCUAUGUGAGUGUAACAGUUAAAAUUGAAUUCCAAAAAAAAAAAAAAAAAUGUCCCAUAUAUUAUAAUAAUAUUAAUAUAACGAAUAAUACCUACCUACUUGUACUCAGGGUUGGGCAGUAUCUAUAUUCGAUACAAGUAUCUGGAAAUGCGUAUCUUAGAAACAAUUAACAUCAAUUAUAGUGAUACAUUUUGGGGGAAACUGGGUUCUUUCCUCUCCUGAUUUUUCGAAAAAUAAAUUUAAAAUUUAAAUUGACCACUUUUUAGAUAUUGAAAAUCAAUGUAUCGAGUACCUAGAUAUUCAUUGUGAAGUAUCCUGCCCAUCCCUUUAUGUACACAAUUUUCGCCCUGUAGACUCUCGCGUUUAAGUUUUAAGGUGCACAAAUUUUGCACAAAAUUUCGUUGAAAAAUA